AUGACGCCCUCGGACUCGCUCCGGACUUCGGUUGGCAGUACCGGCCACGCCUUCAGUGGCGAGACUUGCACUGAUUUAUACGCGGAACGGGUCAUGACCCCCCGACUCGCGCUCUUCUCCGUUCUCACGGGACUUGCCGUGUGCACUUUGCUGCUCAGGUGGCACCGCUGCCGCUCACGACGUCGGAAGGUCAACCCGUUCCAGGAGAAGGUCGUGUUCAAGUCGUUUGCCGAUCUUGGGGACCACACGAGAUGGAAGCGGUGGCUCACGUGCUUUCUGGCCUCGACCGUGGCCUGGAUCACCGUCUUCCUCUGGUGCACGAGCUCGAUGACGACUGCAAACAGGAACCCCGCCCAGCCUCGACCUCGAAUGGUCUUCAGCUUCACUACAACCAGUCAAGGGAUCGACAAGAUACGACCGACACUCGAUGGACUCGUCCAUCAGAUCGACGACUUUGACGCGAUCUACGUCGUCAUCCCCCGGACCUAUCAAGACCGGCCCGUGACCAUUCCGUCGUGGCUGUUGGCAGCUGAUUCGACGUUGAACCGCACGACAUUCUAUGGUCUCUCUUUUGCUACCGGGACAAGUCCGUACCACCCGAAGGUGAGACUUGUGGUGUUGGACACGGACCUUGGCCCAGCGAGUAAAGUGCUCGGGACGCUGUUAGUCGAACAAGAGCCGGAUACCAUUAUUGUUUAUGGAGAUGACGACCGCGUGUACCCACCGCAACUACGUGAACGCGUGCAGCACUAUACACAAAAGUACCCAAGUGACGCCAUUGCGGUGCUAGGUGGGUGGAUCUCUAUCGAGGAUGGACUUUAUUGUGGACGGAGCCUCGCCGUUGGUGUGAACCGCGUGUCGUUCGUUGGGGGAGCAGGAGGAGUCGCUGUAAAGCGAAAGUUUUUCGGCAUGGGGGACGCGACGAUGCCUGCGUUUCAAGUGGGGAACCUGUCGAAAGCGUGUUUCCUAGGGGACGACUACUACCUCUCGCAUUUACUAAGCCGCAACGGCGUGCGUCGGCGACUGGUGUUUGACAGCUGCUGGAACGUCGAGUCUCUAUCGGAAUCGUUCUCCCACGGAGGUCUAUCGCAUGCUCCUUCGACUCACCCCGGCGGAGCGAAUGUUGAACAUUAUCAGCAAUGCAUUCGAGAGCUAGGAGAGCAUCACGAUCUAUCUGGUGACAGCGAGUUUGGCUCGAGCUUCAUGUUUGUGUUUUCAAGGGCGUGGGGACUAUUUCGAGGUUUGUGGAAUUUAUACGUUGGAAGUGGAUUCGUGACGUGUUGA